AUGGCGUUCGCCUGCGGCGCGGCUCCCCUCGAGGGAACGGCGGGCGUGUCCGGCCGUCCGUUCUGCGACCCGGACUGGCGCGCAGUGGUCGGCGCUCGUGCGCGCAUAUCGAGGCGGCGGACGCGAUCCCUGCGCAGGGAGUUCGCCCAGCGGCUCCUGUUGUGCGCCGGGGGCCUUGCGGCGACGCAUGUGGUCGGUGGCCCGGGCACGGAGUACGCAGACGGGGCCGUUGUGAAGGUUCCAGUCGAUUGCAUACGCAACUUUUCCAUCAUAGCCCACAUAGACCAUGGAAAGUCAACGCUGGCAGACCAGCUCCUGUUGAAGACGGGAACUGUCAGCACAAGAGAGAUGCAGGCUCAAUUCCUGGAUACCAAUGACAUCGAGCGAGAGCGCGGAAUCACCAUCAAGCUCAACACAGCCAGAAUGAAGUACAAAGCGGAAGAUGGCAAAGUGUAUGCACUCAACCUCAUUGACACUCCAGGACAUGUGGAUUUCAGCUAUGAGGUGUCAAGGUCCUUGGCUGCUUGUGAAGGUGCUCUCCUGGUGGUGGACGCCGCACAGGGUGUGGAGGCUCAGACCCUGGCCAACGUGUAUUUAGCUCUGGAAAAUGACCUGGAGAUCAUUCCGGUCCUCAACAAGAUUGACUUACCAGGCGCCGAUCCGGAGAGAGUGAUGAAAGAGAUAGAAGAUGUCAUAGGUUUGGAUGCUUCAGAUGCUUUGCUUGUGUCAGCCAAAGCUGGGAUCGGGAUUGAAGCACUUCUUGAGGCCAUUGUAAAACGGCUUCCAGCUCCAAAGAACAGAGUAUCAGAGCGGCUCCGUGCUCUUAUCUAUGACAGCUACUACGAUGAUUACAGAGGCGUGGUUUGCCAAUUCCGUGUUGUCGAUGGUGAAAUCAAGCCAAAGGACUCCAUUCAGUUGAUGAACACUGGCAGGCAGUACCAAAUUGAUGAGAUUGGGGUCCUAGCACCAAAUCAGGUUAAGGUGGACUCACUGUAUGCUGGUGAGGUGGGCUACUUGGCAGCCUCCAUAAAGCAAGUGGCGGAUGCUAGGGUGGGCGAUACAAUAACUCUGACCAAAACUCGUGCAGAUGAGGCACUUCCUGGGUAUAAGGAACCUCAGCCAAUGGUGUAUUGCGGGCUGUUUCCAACCGAUUCUGACCAGUACCAGGCAAUGAGGACAGCCCUGGGCAAGCUGCAGCUGAAUGAUGCAGCCCUCAGCUAUGAGCCAGAGAACUCAUCAGCCAUGGGUUUUGGAUUCAGAUGCGGGUUCUUGGGACUGCUCCACAUGGAAAUUGUACAGGAGCGCCUGGAGCGUGAGUAUGGCAUCGACCUUAUCAUCACAGCACCCUCUGUGGUGUAUCGAUGCCGUGUAGCGGGUGGUGAGGAGCGAAUCGUGUCAAACCCUGCCGAGCUGCCCGAGCCUGUUGCUCGCGAGGCCAUCCUUGAGCCAUUCUGCAGGAUGGAGAUGAUCGUGCCCAAGGAUUUUGUGGGGCCAGUGAUGGAGCUGGCGAGUGAUAGGCGUGGGGAGUACCAGAAGAUGCAGUACUUGACCGAAGACAGGGUGACCCUGGUGUACAUUCUUCCCUUGGCAGAGGUCAUCACAGAUUUCUUUGAUCAGCUAAAGUCUCGAACCAGGGGCUAUGCAUCUAUGGAGUACUCCUUGCUGGACUACAGGGUGGGGGACCUGGUCAAGCUUGAGAUCAAGAUCAAUCAGGAAGUGGUGGAGCCCCUGGCGACGAUCGUCCACAAAGACUCUGCGUACGAGGUGGGCCAGGCCCUCGUCACCAAGUUGAAGGAAGUCAUACCUCGCCAGCAGUUCCGCAUCCCCAUACAAGCGGCCAUCGGGUCGCGGAUCAUCUCCUCCCAGGCCAUCUCGGCGCUGCGCAAGGACGUGCUGGCCAAGUGCUACGGCGGAGACAUAUCGCGGAAGAAGAAGCUGCUGAAGAAACAGGCCGCGGGCAAGAAGAGGAUGAAGACGAUGGGCAAGGUGCAGGUGCCGCAAGACGCUUUCAUGGCGAUUCUGAAGGUCAGCAAGGGGGGCGAUUGA